AUGUCCCAACCUACUAUCAAAAGAGUUACUAGUUAUCUUCCCUCUUAUUGGUUAAUUAAUGCACCUUCUGAAGGAAUUCAAGUGCAACCUGCAAACGAAUAUUUGAACUAUAAGGUCACCAAUCUCUCAAAAGCGAACCAAUGGACAAAUGUUAGUAUUCAACAUCUAUUACCAACUAAUGGAGGUGCUUUGAUAAUCUUUCGUAUCCGCGUGAAUAAAAUUGAAAAGACUUCUGAGGUCAAAUUAACUCUUCCCGCUGAUAUAAUCUGGAGAUUUCACUCAAAUAAUGUCAAUUAUCAAUGGUUUGACUCCGGUGGUAGCUUCCAAACACUUUCUUCCAGUAACAUUCGUCCUGAUGGUACUUGGCAUACAGUUACUUUAGCCUUGACUCCUGAAGCAGUGGUUCUCCUUGAAGAUGGUAACUUAAAAUUCAAUUGGAGCCAUUGUGUCGCUAGGACCGUGAAUCCCAGAUUUGACAUGCAGAUUUUGGAUAUCGGGGGCAGUUUGGAUAUCGAUAUAGGUGAUAUCAGCGUUAUACCACCUAGAUUUAUUUAA